UUUAAACAGUGUCAACUAGUUGGAAGCUGACGGCACUAAAUUAUUAUCGUCCAUUCACUCGCUCUUAUCGAAAAACCAAACCCUAGCCCACCUUCCCACGCGCCUCACAUCAUCCACGUGGGUGUCACGCUUCUUAAGUUUAUUCCAAACAACGACGGCGUUUUACUCGAGAUUGUUAUUCACGCGCGAGUGGAGAGAAUUUCAUUUUCCAGCUCAUGAUGACUCGGCUCUGAGGCUUUAUUUUUUCCCCUUUUCUUCUUCUCAAUUUCUUCCUUUUUCCUUUCAGAAAUUUUCCUCCGAUUUCAAAUUUCCGUGAGAAAAAAAGUCGAGAUCUCUCUAAUGGCGGCGACGUUGAGCAGAGAUCAGUACGUGUACAUGGCGAAGCUUGCUGAGCAAGCGGAGCGUUACGAAGAGAUGGUUGAGUUCAUGGAGCAGCUCGUAAGCGGAGCAACGCCAGCCGGCGAGCUCACGGUGGAGGAGAGGAACCUGCUGUCCGUGGCGUAUAAGAACGUGAUUGGAUCUCUUCGCGCCGCCUGGAGGAUCGUCUCGUCGAUUGAGCAGAAGGAAGAGAGCAGGAAGAACGAGGAACACGUGUCGCUCGUGAAGGAUUACAGAUCUAAGGUUGAGGCUGAGCUCUCCACGAUCUGCUCUGGAAUCCUCAGGCUGCUCGACACGCAUCUGAUCCCUUCCGCGACUGCGAGCGAGUCAAAGGUGUUUUACCAGAAGAUGAAGGGAGAUUACCAUCGCUACCUCGCCGAGUUUAAAUCUGGAGACGAGAGGAAAACAGCUGCCGAAGACACCAUGAUCGCCUACAAGGCUGCUCAGGACGUUGCAGUUGCUGAUCUAGCGCCUACACACCCGAUCAGGCUGGGUCUGGCUCUCAAUUUCUCGGUGUUUUACUACGAGAUUCUCAACUCUUCAGAGAAAGCUUGCAGCAUGGCCAAACAGGCAUUUGAGGAGGCCAUUGCUGAGCUGGACACGUUGGGAGAGGAGUCAUACAAAGACAGUACUCUCAUCAUGCAGUUGCUAAGGGACAAUCUAACCCUUUGGACCUCCGAUAUGCAGGAGCAGAUGGAUGAGGCCUGAAGGUCUUAAGGAAGAAGAGACGGUUAUGUAAUGUCCGAAAAUCGAGUUCCAACCCCUUUGCUCUAAAACUUGUCGAAAAAAAAAUGUGUUUUUUUUUAUGACAGAUUACGUGCACAGCUUUGGUAUUAUCUGCUUCUCUGUUCCUUCCAACUCUGUUUUUCUUUCGUAAUUUAUCUUCUUAUUUGCUAUUUCCCACAAAGUUUUAAAUUGCAAACUAUUAUUCAUUCAGUGUCACAAGUCAGGAUUGUGAAUUCUUCCGGUCUUUCAUAAGCCGUCUAGGCUAUGCUGGAACGCAGGUUUAGUUUAAAAGCAUGAUUUCACUUGGGAGUGGUCAAUCCCGUUUGCGGUUUGGUUUUCGAUUGUAAUUAAUAAACUGAUACCAAUUCAGUAUGAUUACGAUUUUGGUUAAUAAAUUUUCGGUUUGGUUUGGUUCAUGUAAAAAACCAAUCAAAAGUUCCGGUUCCGGCUUUUCUGGAUUCCUAAUUAAUGAGAGGGAGGCUAAUGGUUUAUAAACAGAUUAUAUUUUGG